CAACAUUAACCCGUUUAAAACAACUGUCACGAUUUUGUGUAUUGAUAUUUUAACCCUACUAUCUACAUACAUACACAAAACGUAACAAAAAAGUACCACUCGCUUUCUAUAAAAACUUAAAGAAAGAAUUUAUGAUGAGUUUUACCAUUGACGAUUCUAUAUUGGCCAAUAUAAAAACACAACAAGAUAGCGAUGAUGAUGAUGAUGAUGCUGGCACCUCAUCCGACCAUCGUCUAGCUGGUGAGACAUUUAUGGAGGUAAUGGGCGGUUUUGGUGGAAAUAUUAGUGAUGCCAAUGUCAGCUAUGAAGAACGUAUCGAAGAUCCCCUACAGGAGGAGGAUGAAAAAGAAAUUGAAUUGAAAGAAUUUCCUUGGCAAUGUAUAGAGAAUGAUUUUCUAAAACCUUAUCUGUACGAUGAACAGGAAACGCCGCAGUUGGAAGUUAAAGUAGGACGUAGUAAAAAAGCAAAAUUGGAAGCGGAAUUAAGAGCGCCCAGUGGUCAAGUAUGGAGUAAAGUGCCUUUGGCACCGCCAAUAGCUGAUGAUUUGCCAGAGUUUAUGGCUGUAGGUAAGGGCCCGGCUAAAAGUGUUACAAAUCCUUUGGAGGCCUGGCAUUUAUUGAUAGAUGUGUCCAUGCUAAAUAUAAUUGUGAAAAGCACGAAUGAGAUUAUUAAGUCCACCAAAAAGAAAGAGCCCCAUCAGAAAAGAUUGACAGAUUUAACGGAAUUACGCGCCUGGUUGGGUUUAAAUUAUUUGUGCGGCGUUUUGCGUAAUUCCAUACAACCCGGACCAGUUGAAGAGCUUUGGACUUUGGAACUAGGUAAUGCUAUAUUUCGUGCCACCAUGUCCUUUAAACGUUUUGAGUUUUUGUCCCAAUGUAUACGUUGUGCUGAUCAGCAGUCUUUGGCUGCUGCACCGACAGCCUUAGAUGAAAUUGCCAACUUUUGGGAAAAGUUGGUUAUAAAUUGUAGAUCUUACUAUGCUCCCAGUGGUUUCUGCACGAUUGAUGAGCACAUAUUGGACUUGUCGCAAUUAGAAGAAAAUCCCUUUAAUCAUGUUUUACCUCAGCAAUUGGGAUCAAUUGGUUUGCGCUUGAUUACCAUGUGUGAUGCCAAAACCAUGUAUAUUUGCAAUGCUUUGGUAGCAAAUGAGGUGCAACCACUAGAUGAAGAAGUAUAUCAAUUAGUUAGUGACAUAAAGGGCACACGACGUUGUCUUUGUUUAAAUGAUCGUUUUACAAAUAUGUCUUUAAUGCAAAAGCUAAAACAAAAUCAACUGCAAGUGGUGGGAGCACUUUCCGCACAAGCUAAGGAGAUACCCGUUGAAUUGUAUAAUGCUUCCCAAGUGCCUCAUGUAUGGUAUGCCAAAGAUGAUUGUACUUUGGUAGCGGGUUUGAGUGAUACAGUCAGUCCCUCGGGUUAUUUAGUAACUAAUGGUCUUUCUGCACGUAUCGAUUCAGCUAAACUGUACCAGACUAUAGGUGCCACUAAUCAAAAUGCUUAUCAGUUUAUGCGCAUAUUUGGUACACAUAAUGGAGGUGUGAAUAAAAACCAACGUUGGAGUUUGGAAUAUCUGUUUUUCAUGCUAGAUGUGGCGGCAUAUAAUGCCUGGACUUUAUACCGUCUUUCGGAGAAUGGUGAUGCUGGCAUAGAACAACGUGAUUUUCAACGUCAACUGGGACUCUACCUAACUCAACAUCAACUUAAACAGCGCAUACAUUUGAAUAUUAAACUUCCUCUGCCGCUUAAGUUGCAGAUUGCCGAGAUAUUAGGGGAAAGUGUGGAGGCUUUGCUAAAUGGUGCCUCCAAAAAAGCUACUGAAGCUGCAAAACUGGGCUCAAUAUCGAAAGAAAAGGCAUUAGUACCCGAUGGCAUAGUAUUGCAAUCACGUGAAAACGAUACUCGCAGACGUUGCAGAGGCUGCAAAAGCCGCAAUGGUUCCAAGACAAAAACACGUUGCCAACAAUGCUUGCAGCCGUACUGCAUGCGUCAUCUAAUAAGUCGCUGUGAAUCCUGCUCGGGUUAUGAAAUACUGGACGAAUCAUCACAGCAGGACGAUAAAAAUGAACAAACGAAACAGCAGCAGAAAGAUCAAGAAGAUACCUCUCAACUAGAGGACGAUGAAGGCCAAGCUGAUGAAGUUGAUCUUUAGAGAGGGAGAAAUUAAUUGUAAUUUGUUUAGUAGAUAAAAAAGUUUUAAACUUAUACAUAGUAGAGCAAGGGAUAUUAUUUUCGAUUAAAACUAUAUAAUUUAAAUAAACUUGCAUUUUUUUUAUUUAAUAA